AUGAUCCGCCACAGCUUCGGCCUCCUGCUCCGGCGCAUCUCCCGCGCCCCCGCCCGGCCCUUUUCCUCGCGGCAGGAAUCCAUGACCCCCGCCGAACAGGCCAUCGCCGCCCUCCUCCGCGACAAGCUCCAGCCCACGGAGCUGCUGGUGCGCGACGUCUCCGGCGGCUGCGGCAGCAUGUACGCCAUUGACAUUGCCAGCCCGGCCUUCAAGGGCGCCUCCACGCUCAAGCAGCAGCGCAUGGUGAACAGCGCGCUGGGCGACGUCAUGAAGCAGUGGCACGGCCUGCAGCUGAACACGAGGGCCUCGGAGUAG